AUGGCGCCUCCGUCGAAGCUCGCUGUAGCGACGUCGUCGCUGAUGCGCCUCGUGAAGGAGGAAGCAAGCUAUCACAAGGAAAUGGAACAGCAACAGGUGCGCAUUGAGAAAGCGGGAAACAGCACCGAUGAGAAUGCAGACUAUCAGCUUAAGCAGGAGCGCCAAGCACUAGAAGAGACGAAAGCGGUGCUUCCCUCAAUCCGGCAGAAGAUCACAGAUGCACUAGCAAAACUUGAAGAGCAACUUGAAGCGAACAAGGAUGCAGGAGGCACGGCGUCUACGGAGGAAGUCACCAAGGCGAAAGAUGCAGUGGCAAGUGCCAAGAAGGCUAUUAGAGAGAGUGCGUAG